AGACCACGAACAGAGGUCGAAGUCGAAGCCGGCGACGGAAAUAGCAGUGGCCAUGGCCGUUUCUUUUUCUUCGCCGUUGUACUCCCAUACCUAUUAUCCUCUGAAGCUACUCGUACCUUCCAACACCGGCGUCCGUAGACGACGUUCCACCGCCGUUCAAUUUCAGUCUUUACGGUUUCAUGGUAGUUUUGACGUCGAGCAACAUAGCCUCAACUCCAGAAAGCACUGGGAUGACUUCUACGAGCGCCAUCAAAACAAGUUUUUCAAGGAUCGACAUUACCUGGAGAAGGACUGGGGGCAGUACUUUUGUGAUGAUAACAACAUCAUCCCUUCCGAUGGAAAAAUCAUGUUAGAGGCGGGUUGUGGAGCUGGUAAUACGAUAUUUCCUCUUGCCAUGAAAUAUCCUCGACUUUUUGUUCAUGCUUGUGAUUUCUCACAUCAUGCAAUCACACUUGUUAAGUCACAUACAAAGUUUUGUGAAGAUCAAAUGAAUGUUUUUGUUUGCAAUAUUGCGGAAGACAAUCUUUGUGAUCAUAUUAUGCCUUCAACUGUCGAUAUAGUGACCCUGAUUUUUACGUUGUCUGCAAUCUCUCCUGAGAAGAUGCCCAUUGUGAUACAAAACCUUGGACGUGUAUUGAAGCCUAAUGGUCAUGUACUUUUUCGUGAUUAUGCCAUUGGGGAUUAUGCUCAAGAGAUGCUAAUGAACAAGAAUCAGGUCAUCAGUGAGAACUUCUAUUUUCGUGGAGACGGCACUUCGUCAUUCUAUUUCUCGGAAGAUUUGUUGUCGGAGUUGUUUGUAAGAGCUGGAUUUACGUUAGUGGAUGUUAAUACAUACAUUCGAGAAAUCAAGAAUCGAUCUCGAAAUAUUACCAUGCAACGGCGUUGGAUACGAGCAGUUUUCAGACGACCCUGAUGUGUCUGUGCACCGUACAAAACUACUAAUCGGUUUGACGUAGAGAGAGAAUCCUCCAGCAAGUGGAUUUCUGUACGCCAAUUUUACUAUUUGAGAUAGAGAACAGGUUUGCAUACAUCUCACCCACGGAUCCUACCUCUACGUGGAAUCUACUGUUUAACCUUAAAUGUGAUUUUAAUUAAAUUCAUGAUAAUUCGUUGAUUAAAAUCUGCGCCACAUGGUUGUACCACAU